AUCAGGGUUAGAGAGGGAUUAUCCUCAUGGAGGCCUAUAAAGCUUCAGUGUAAUCCGGACACUGCAGACAAAUUUAGAGCAACGACUAAUCUACAAGCAACCUUUUAUGGCUGCAGCUCGCAGUGUUUUGGACCACUCCAAAUCAAAUAAACAAGACAGGAGGUGCUGAGAUUGUUUCUGAUUUGGGAUUUGAAAGACAGGAAAACUAUUUUACUCCUCAUCGGCUACUUAAAAGGUGAUCAUGAAGAAGGGAAAGCAGGUGUGUGAUGAUAAAGAGCCUCCGAGCUACCAGGAGGCGACCGCAGGCUACGCGGAGAUGGAGGCCCAGUUUGUGUUUGACGACAAGAACAUCAGGCGGACCUUCAUCCGGAAGGUCUACGCCAUCCUCAUGGUGCAGCUGUUGGUGACAGUGGCCAUUGUCGCGCUCUUCUCAUUUUGUGCACCCGUGAGGUUUUUUAUCCAGACCCACCCAGGCUUGUACAUGGCGUCUUAUCUGGUUUUCUUUGCCACCUACAUCGCACUGUCCUGCUGUGGAGAGCUGAGGAGGCAGUUUCCUUGGAAUAUCAUUUUGUUGGUUUUCUUUACUUUGAGCAUGGCCUCCAUGAUGGGAUUCGUGUCGAGCUUUUACAACACCAAAUCCGUGGUUCUGUGUCUGGGGAUCACAGCCGUGGUGUGUCUUUCUGUCACCAUCUUCAGCUUCCAGAGCAAGAUCGACGUCACUUCCUGUCAAGGCGUCCUGUUUUCUCUGUGCAUGGUCAUGCUCCUCUGUUCCAUCACCUUCUCCAUUGUCGUCCCCUUUGGAUAUGUUCCUUGGUUACAUGCCACUUAUGCUGUGCUGGGGGCCAUCGUCUUUACUCUGUUCCUAGCAUUCGACACCCAGCUGUUGUUGGGGAACAAGCGCUACUCUCUAAGUCCAGAGGAAUAUGUGUUUGCCACCCUCAGCCUCUACCUGGACAUCAUCUACCUGUUCAGCUUCCUGCUACAGAUCGUGGGAGGAGGCCGCGAGUGAAGCAUCCCCCCCCCCCCCCUCUCGUAUGACUGCAUAUGUUUUUCAGCUCAACUCUUAAAUUCAAUCAACUUGGAUGUAUGACCCUCACGAAGAAGAUGCUGGUGGGACUAGUUGAAACGUUUUGGUCCCCCCUGUGUAAUCGUGUCUUUGCAUCCUGCUGCUUCGGUCUCCUUGCCCUAACGUCACCUGCCCGAUACCUCACUUUGGUCCCUGUGCUCUGGCUGCUCACGUGGUGUUUUAUUGCUCUGGGGCCUACUGUGACCACACCAUCCACCAUUAAACAGGCAUUCGGCACAUAAGAGGACAUCCCAUCAAAAAUGUUAUUAUCAGUUUGAACGCUUAUUCAUAAUUCAAAUAACAAAAGAAGCUUUUUAUUAAGCGCUUCACAAGCAAUGUAGAGUUGUUUUUUACUUGCUUCUAUUACACAUUAUCAUAGAUGACAAGUUUGAAAAUGUACUCUGGGUGUCCAUAAUAUUGAAGUAAUUUCUGAUAGCUUGGGUGUUGCUGUGUGGGGGAAACAAGUGAAACCUAAGAUUUCAACUAAGAUGCAACACCAACCCCAAAGGAAGUGUGUGUGUGUAGAAUCAUAUCAUCAUUUGCAAUAUAUUUGUAACUUUAAUGUGGCCUUUGGGAUAUGAUAGAAAAUAUUUAUAUAUAGAGACCCACUUUGCAUGGUUUUUCUAAGAACAACUAGCCGUGUCCACUUGAUUUUAGCAUGAAUAAAAUAUACGUGACACAUAAAAAUAAAUUAAAGCGUGAGAGGAUGAAUGGUGGUAAAUAUGAUUAAGUUUGAUUAAAGGAUUUACAGAUCUAUGAUUCCCUGUGGGUCAGGUGAGCAGUAUCCAUGACAGAGAUUUGAUCUUGGAUCAGGUCAAACGGCUUGAAUUUCUUUUUGAAACAACAGGGAACCACAUCCUUAUUUAUACAUAAUGCAUACAACAGCAGCUCAAUAAAACACCCCCAAAACAGUUAACAAUUUAAUACGGUACAGAUAAGAGUAUACUAAAAGGCAAUUACAAAAGCCACACUUCCAAACAUGUUUCCUUUAUAGUAACCUGAAUCCUCUGUAACACAGAACUGUGGAAAACUGGAUCACAGCCUUCACCCAAGUCCAUUGUCUCAGUAAAUGUGAGAAGCUUAUGUGAAUAUAGACGGCCGUCCAGACUGAUGAUUUUAUCUCUAUAUGUAGAUAUAUAUCUUCAGGACAUUUGGGUGACUUAUUUAUUUGAAGGAAAUAAAAUGUGUGCAAUGCAACAACUAUCAAAGAUGUGUAAUGAUUUUUUAUGGUUUUCCAAGACAGUAUUUCCAAUGUUGCUUUAAAACUGGACAAAGGGGUGACUUUCCAACAUUCACUGCUUCCAUCAAGGUUUUUUUUUUUUACAUAACAUAUCAGACAUAGUAUGCUUUUACUCAUAGCCGGGGG